AUGGCGGCCUACAGGUGUAAUGUGUCGUUGGCGGUUGGUUGUUUCUGUCUUUUCUUGGGCGUAAUUGCAGACUGGAACACAAACGAUUAUCUGAGGCGAGAGCACACACUUGUCAAGCCGUACCAAGGGUCUGGAUCAUCUAUGCCAUUAUGGGACUUCGUAGGAAGUACACUUGUCACUAAUAACUAUGUACGUCUGACACCUGACCACCAGAGUCGACAGGGAGCGAUAUGGAACACUCAGCCAUGUCAUACAAGAAACUGGGAACUUCAUGUUCAGUUUUCUGUGCACGGUUCAGGUAGUACAUUAUUUGGAGAUGGAAUAGCAAUUUGGUAUGCCAAGGAGAAAAAUAGGUUGGGUGGUGUGUUUGGCAAUGCUGAUUUUUUUUCUGGAUUAGGAAUAUUCUUGGACACAUACAGUAAUCACAAUGGCCCACACAAUCAUGAACACCCAUACAUAUCUGCUAUGGUAAAUAAUGGUUCAUUUACCUAUGACCACGACCGUGAUGGAACACACACACAGCUAGCUGGUUGUGAAGCCAAGUUCAGGAAUAAGGACCACAGCACGUAUCUAGCCAUCCGUUACCAUAACAACAUCCUCAAGGUUUCUAUGGAUAUUGAUAACAAGAAUGGCUGGAAAGAAUGUUUUGAAGUUCGUGGCAUCCGUUUACCACUUGGAUAUUAUUUUGGGGCUUCAGCUGCUACUGGAGAGUUAGCAGAUAACCAUGAUAUAGUUUCUAUGAAGCUGUAUGAACUUGACCCACCUGAGGGACAACAGGAAUAUUGGGGACUGCCAUCAGCUGAUGUAUAUGAAGCACCACGAGACCGUGUGGCGGAUGUGCGAUCAAGCAUGAGUGGUUGGAAGAUUUUCCUCAUCAUUAUUUUAGCCAUCAUAGGCCUGGGUGUUUGUGGUGUGGUGGCAUAUGUAAUAUUUAAUAAAAAUAAUGAUUAUACACGGAAACGCUUCUACUGAUAAAAACAAUAAUGUUUGAUCUAAAAAAUCCAAAUUUUGUAUACAUCGAAAUGCCAUACACCACAAUCACUUGCUAUUGGAUUUUGGAUCUAGAAUAUACCAAAUGUGGUGUCAAUUAUUUCCAUUCCAACUGGUACUUUGUGUUUUUGAAUGCUUUAAAAUUGAAAUGAUUUUAUAAUUUAAGGUUCUGUAUUAUGUUGAAAUGGCUGAUUCUUCAGUAAAUACAAAGAAGUUUUACAGUUAUGAAUGAUAAAAUCUGGACAGUAAUUGUGCAAUUAAUUUUGCAAGUGUUAAUUAAUUUCUAAAUUAAAAAAGAUGUGACUGAAUUAAUUUCUAAAUUAAAAACAUGUGUCUGAAUUAAUUUCAAAAUUAAAAAAGAUGUGUCUGCAAAACCACAAAAGAUGUUUAAUAUAUAAUGUGAUAGAUAUAGUCCAGAUUGUGAAUACUUAUCAGAUUAACACAAUAUCGCGCUAUAAAUCUAUUUACGAUUUUCCUCUCUGACAAUUAACCAGAGACUAAUAUCUUCAAACAGACAUUUUUUCUUUCAUUAUUACUGUUGUAUCUGUUUGUUUUUGUUUCAUCUUCUUCGGGUACAGUUUUCUAGUGAGUAUUUUGCAAAUGUUUAUGUUUUGAAUAGUGAUCUGAGGGAAAAAUAUUCCUACAGAAGGAAACUGUUGUAAUAUGGUGACAAGAAAUAUAUUUUUCUGUGUAAAAUUCAUGAAUUUAGAUAUUACUGAUUUUUGAUGUAUUCUUGGCUGUUGAAAGUAUACAUGUGAAUUGUUUGUUGAGAGGGAAAAUGAUGAUAAAUUUUAUAGAAUAUCAGAUUCUUAAUGUACGAUAUAUUGUGCACCCUUUCCAAACAGCUUUAAAACAAAAUUAAUAUUCUUUUAGUUCAGACAUUGGCAUUUGACCAGAUUAAAUAGGUAAGAACAAGGAACCUGUGACAAAUUGGUAACAAAAUGUACUGAAUUUACUGCAUUUAGAAGUUCAUCCUGUCCUUAUUUCACAAAUAUUCUAUUAACUUGAAAUUUAAAAGUGAAAACAUUACAAACUUUCAGGAAUAUAUGCUCAAUGAAGCAAGAUAGAUUCUUCAACUGCUAUUUUGUUGUCCUGUAGAGAAGUUUAUAUAUACCUCAUAGGUAUUUCCUAAUGUUAAAAAAUAUUUAGAAAAAACAAGACUUAUAUAAGAGUGUCUUUGUAACUUUAUGUUUGAUUUACUGCGCUAAAUUCAUUAUCAAAAUAUGGGUAAAACAGCAGUUUAACAUCAGGUAAAAGUUAAGUCUGAAGCAUUGUGAUAUAAACAAGUGUCUUUUUAUGACCAUAGCAUUGGAAUUUGAUUUACUGUUCAGUGUUUCAUGCAGAAAUCAGUUGAUGCUGACAUGAAAAACCUUGCAUUGUUGAUGUUUGUAAAGUAAAUUGAGAAAUGGGUUGUUCAUAACCAAUUAUACUCUGGCUAUGUUGAGAUCUUUUUCUCAAAAAGAUAAAAGCAUUCAAAACAUCAACUAAAGAUGGGAGAAUUCUUAACACAAAAUGAACAUGGGAGAAUUCUAAGCAUUAAAAAGAUAAUAAAUAUGGAAGAAUUCCGAAACAUCAAAUGUUAGAGUAUAUUUUUAAGUCAAUUAGAAAUCAGAUAAUUGUAAUCACAAAUUAACCAUGAGAAAUUUCUUAACAUCAACUAAAGAUGAAAGAAUUCUUAUAACAUCAAUUAAACAUGGAAGAAUUCUAAACACCAAAAGAAUUUGAAACGUUAACUAAACAUGAGAAAAUUCUGAACAUCAAAUAAAUAUGUAAGAAUCUACGAAAAUGGAAGUUACUUAAGACUUAUGUCUUGCAUUACUUCAGACAACCUGUUUAUCAUUAGUCAUGCCGAAAGUUGUAUAACUAAUGGGUAAACAACUCCACGCUAUCUAGGUUCAGUGUCUGACCUCCAAAACGUUGAAUUUGUAUGAUUUAUCAUAUUUCUAAAGACUUAUAAGUGUUAUAUUUUUGUCAUUACAAUAUUUGUUUUAUAGUGUAAUUGUAGAUUGCCAUGAGAUCUAUUUGAUAAAGAAUGUGAACAUGCUUAAUAGAAUAGAUUUUUUACCUAUUCAUGACAUAUAGCUGCAUCAUAUUGUGAUUUGUUUCAGCAGUAACCACAUUCCUUUUUGGCUUUAUUGUACAAAUUUUUGUGUCUUAAGUUUAUCAUAUAUCUCUCAUAACACAUUGCAAUCAUCUUCAGUCCAUUGUAUGUAUAUCAAAAUUGUGAUUUGUUGUUCUGUGUGUCCAGUUUGUGAUGUCACAAUGUUUGGCACGUUUUGGUUACGUAUAUAGCAAUAAUAUAGUAUCUGGCAUUAUAAGGAAGGCUAUAAUUUUUUUUCCAACUUUCACAAAUUAGACACCUACCUUUUAUUGGUGUGUUCUAACUGAGCAUUGUAUUGUGUUACCUAUACUUCUGUAGCUUACAGUAUAAAUUCUACUGGUAUUUACAGCGGUGGAAUAAGUUUGUUAAACCACCAUUGUAUGAUAUCCUAUAUCUAUAGCUGCCAUUUUUCUUUUUCUACAUUUUUUUUAUAUACAUACAGCAUGAUCCUUGUAAUAUUUGAAUAGCUCUGUGGGAAAUACUUAUGGAAGGGUAAUGAAGAAUCUUAUAAUUCCUUGGCCAGUUUUACAAACAUUUCUACCUUAUUUUGAUAAAUAUGUUUGUAUAAAUCAUAGAAAUAAUAUGCAGAAUAUCAGUGUUAUUACAGUCUUCAUACAAAAAAAAAUAGUUUUUGAGAUUGAUAGCACUAUGGUUUUGCAUUUUCCUUAAUUCAUUUUUGUGUACGAGCAUUCUCAUGUUCAGUUUUAAUUUGGAAACACUUGAUUUACACGUUAGGUCCUAUAAGACAUCAUUUUUUUUAUUAAAUGGUUUGUGGUCUUGUCCGGUGGUUAUAGAGACAGGCAGUACUUUUAGGCAAUCCUUUCCACUUUGAUUUUUCCAUGAAUGUAGUUUCCUCUAUGAGUUGUAUUUAUAAUAAUUUGGCUAUUUAUGUUAAUAUUCAAGUUGUAUCAGUUGAGUAUGAUCAGAUAUCAGAGUAUGUAUUUAUCAGUAUGUUGUUUAUUCUGUUAGUUAAUUAUCUCUAAUUUCAUGCAAUAAACUUUUUACUAAUUAUAUUACUAAAAAGGUGGAAUAUGAUUUUUCUUUAUUUAUCAUUUUUUUUAGAUUUUUCACAUGCUUUGCUAAUCAUUGUCUGCGUUGAUUCCAAUAAAUACAAAACUAUACAAUAAUGAAAGAUGUCGGCAAAACUUUCAACCGAAAAUUGUGAAUAAUUCACUAACUUAUAUUAAAGUUCAUUUACCUUAAAUAAGAAGUUGGGAAUAAUUUUUGUGAGGUUUAAUCAACUUCCAGUUAAAGAUACUUGUUCUGCACAAUUGACUCAUACAGGAAAGUAUAAUUGCAUUAUAGAUGUAUGUACUUGUAAUAGUACAAGAAUGAUAUGUAAGGAAAUCAUCACUUGGUAGUAAUUAAUGAUGUAUAAUUACUAAGUCAGAUUUGUUUUUACAAAAGAUAUUUUCAAUAGUUUCACUAACAGCAAAAGGCCUUGAUUGAUUUGCUUAUUGGUUGUUACUAGGCUGGUAUCUCAGAAUGGCUAUUGAUUUUCUUUUGUGUAAACAUUAAGUAAUUGCAUGCUUUUUACUGCUACUUUUUUAUCGAUUUAAGCAAUUACAAGCUAGCAUUCUGAAAUACCUUUUCAUAUAAAUGAUUAUGGUGCGGACAUAGAUGUGUUGAUGGGACAGAGUGCAUUCAAAUGUCCUGUUGAUAAUACAUGCAUACUUGGUGCUGAUGUCCUUCACUAGAUUUUGUGAGAUGAUAGUUGAUGUAUGAGAUGUUCACACGUGUAAAUAAUGGCUGGAGUAAACACUAGAUGAAUAAAUCAGAGAAUGAAUCAAAAAUUUUAUGAGAA